AUGUAUGAUAAUGCGUAUAAAUGUCACGAUGGCGAGCGUUCACUGGGUUUCGUCCGAAGCUUGGCGCCGAGCCAAAGGACAGCCGGAGUGGCCGGAGCUAAGGAAAACAAACGGGCGGGAUAUGAGGACGCUCGAGCGAGCCGGCUCAUAUGCGAGAGAUUGUUAGACAAUAUUGUCUCGCAUACACUCCACUCGGCCAAGAAGAAUAUUCAAUUACGACGCAGCCUCGCGGCGGCUGCAAAUAAAGCGUCGACUCGUUUUAUCUCCGACGACCUUUGCGCGCUCUUAGCGAAGUGA